CCGGUUACUUACUUCCGGCCUCGAUCGCAUUUCUUGUUCCGACAGAGACUCUCGUUGUCCAGCUUGCGACAGCUCAAAUUUAACCUCUUCCGCUGGAUGGUUCCUCUCACCAUGCUCCGUGUUCUCCUCUAAAUUACCUCUUCGUCCAGCGUAUUCUUUUUUUCUAUUCGACUAAUUUCAGUGGCGUGCAUGCGGGGAUAGCUUAUGUCUGCGACAGGAACAUUGGAUUCCCCAGCUUCCGGUGGACAAGGGGACAUUCAACCGACUCCUCAUAAUGAGGGAAAUCAACAGACUCCGCAGGUGACCUCGAACGGCAUCGAAUCGACGGCCGAGUCACAGAACAGCCCUUCGGAGACGCCCACGGACCGUCAAGACAUACAGAAAGACAGCAUGGAGGGACAAACGCAUGACGGGUCCCAGGAAACCGUUGCAGAGCCCCGUGGUGGGGGACCGGCCCCUGCUGAUGUCGAUCCUACGGACUCAACCCCCAAACCAGAGCCACUUUCGGGGAGAAUGAAGGGACUCUCCAUAUCAACCGAUACGUCGGAUCGGACCUUAUCAUCAGGGGCCGACAAACCCCCUCCGCCGCCGGAGAAAGAUGACGCCUACCGUGCACCCAAACCUCAGUCUACGCUGCCUCCCCAGUCGCCAACAAAGCUUCCCUCCGAGUUGACGGAGAAAGAAUUGCCAGAUGUCCCGGGUGGCCAAGAGCAAGCGGGGAAGUCUAUCAAGAAUGAAGGGUCACGAGAGGAUGACUCCCAACCGGAGAUCCAAAACAUUAUGGGGCAGUUUCAAGACUCCGCGGGCGGUGUCGAUCAAGAACAGAUCAUGUCGCCUCGGCUGGAACUAGCUGAGCAGUUCCUGAGCGGGCAGAGCUACUUUCCUCCGCGGCAUUCAAGCUUGGAUCAGGCGGCGACGGCUGGCGAGGGUACUACACAGGUUCCCAAACCUACGGCGGAAACUUCUUCGCACGACAAACCGCCCCCGCCGGUCCCUAGAAACUUACACCGGACCUCGAUCAUGCAGGAAACAGCAUCGAGUCGGCGCUCAUCCACUUCCACGGUUCCUCCCCCGCCGGAACCCGAGCCUGACCAGCCGUUCGACUUCCAUCGAUUCUUGGAGCAGCUGCGACAUCGCACGGCGGACCCGGUGGCCAAGUUUCUUCGCUCGUUUCUCCAUGAGUUUGGGAAAAGGCAGUGGAUGGUCCACGAGCAAGUCAAGAUUAUCAGCGACUUUUUGGCGUUUAUCACGAAUAAGAUGGCCAUGUGUGAUGUCUGGCGCGAUGUGUCGGACAGCGAGUUCGACAACGCCAAGGAAGGAAUGGAAAAGCUCGUGAUGAACCGACUCUAUUUCCAGACUUUCUCCCCAGCCAUUCCCUCGCCGCCGUCCAUUCCCAGAAGUGCGAGUCGAAGCAAGCGAAGAGAGCUGGAGCGGCUCCACGGGCCAUGGCGCCGUGGUCAACACCAGGAAGACAUCGAGCGGGAUGACGUAUUGGCUCAGAAGAUGCGAAUCUAUAGCUGGGUCAAGGAGGAGCACCUUGACAUUCCGCCUGUGGGCAACCAGGGGGCUCGAUUCUUGAACCUUGCCAAACAAGAACUUUCUAAAAUCAAUGGCUAUCGCGCGCCUCGGGACAAGGUUAUCUGCAUUUUGAAUUGCUGCAAGGUUAUUUUCGGUCUCCUGAAAAACACUAAAAAGGCCGACACAUCCGCCGAUUCCUUCAUACCCCUUUUGAUCUACGUGGUGCUACGGGCCAAUCCCGAGCACUUGGUUUCUAACAUCCAAUACAUUCUGCGCUUCCGGAACCAGGAUAAGCUUUCUGGGGAGGCCGGGUAUUAUCUGUCCUCACUGUCUGGAGCCAUCCAAUUCGUCGAGACGUUGGAUCGGACCAGCUUGACGGUCAGUGAUGAGGAAUUCGAGCGCAAUGUCGAAGCGGCCGUGUCCGCCAUUGCCGAGCAGAAUCGCAAAACCGAAUCUGUCGAUCAGAAGAAGAGCUCCGAGCGACCAACCGAAGGAGGGCCAUCUGCGUCGGCGCGACCUUCGGCCGACAUCCAGCGAGGCCGGCGGGAGGCGGCGCAGUCCAGCGACGAGGAUACGGCACCAGUGGCCGGAAUCCUGCGCACAAUCCAAAAACCGCUCUCGACGAUUGGCAGGAUCUUUUCCGACGAGCCCGAUUCCCCGGUGGAACCCCCGACACAGCCGGCGGUCACUCCGCAGCCCGGAGCGCGACUGAAUCCGAACGUGUACCAGCCGCCGCGUAGCAGCGGCGAGGAACGACGAUCCAGCGAGCGGCGAUCGAGUGAGCGACCGCGCCGUGUCGAUGCUCAGGAUGCGGCCGCGCGUCAGGCCAGUGCCGAGGACGCCGAAGCGCGGAGAAUCCAACGAGCGGAGCACACCAACGUCGUGGAGACCUUGUCCAACAUGUUCCCGAAUCUUGACCGCGACGUGAUCGAUGACGUUGUCAAGAUCAAGGAGGGCAGGGUUGGGUUGGCGGUGGACGCAUGCCUGGCGCUGAGUGCCGAGUAGAUCCCGGUGAUUCACGAUUUCGGCGACGGGACGAAGAUGCGAAGUCUGGGAUGGGGCAUCAAUGGCAGUUCCUAGCGUAGCUUACUAGCGAAGCGUCAUGGCGCAUAACAUAUAUUGGAAAGCUCUGCCCGAGGCAGAUUAAUAGACCGUG